GCCUCCUCCUUCCUGCUGCCGGCGCGGGGGGCGGCGGCGCUGUGGCGGCGGGGCCGGGGCAUCGCGGGCCCGGGCGCCUCCUCCCCGCUCCGCAGCUUCCCAUGGCCGGGAACUUCUGGCAGAGCUCUCACUACUUACAAUGGAUUUUGGAUAAACAAGAUCUAUUGAAAGAACGCCAGAAAGACUUGAAAUUUCUGACUGAAGAAGAAUAUUGGAAGCUACAGAUAUUUUUUACUAAUGUUAUCCAGGCUUUAGGUGAACAUCUUAAAUUAAGACAACAAGUUAUUGCCACUGCUACAGUCUACUUCAAGAGAUUCUAUGCCAGAUAUUCCCUAAAAAGUAUAGAUCCAGUAUUAAUGGCUCCCACGUGUGUGUUUUUGGCAUCCAAAGUAGAGGAGUUUGGUGUUGUUUCAAAUACAAGGUUGAUUUCUGCUGCUACUUCUGUAUUGAAAACUAGGUUUUCAUAUGCCUUUCCAAAGGAGUUUCCUUAUAGGAUGAACCAUAUACUAGAAUGUGAAUUCUAUCUCUUAGAAUUAAUGGACUGCUGUUUGAUAGUAUAUCAUCCUUAUAGACCUUUGCUCCAAUAUGUGCAAGAUAUGGGCCAAGAAGACAUGCUGCUACCUCUGGCAUGGAGGAUAGUGAAUGACACAUAUAGAACCGAUCUUUGUCUGCUGUACCCUCCUUUUAUGAUAGCUCUAGCUUGCCUACAUGUGGCCUGUGUUGUCCAGCAGAAGGAUGCAAGGCAAUGGUUUGCUGAGCUGUCUGUUGAUAUGGAAAAGAUUUUAGAAAUAAUCAGGGUUAUUCUGAAGCUCUAUGAGCAGUGGAAGAACUUUGAUGAGAGGAAAGAGAUGGCUACUAUUCUUAGUAAAAUGCCUAAACCAAAACCACCUCCAAACAGUGAAGGAGAACAGGGUCCAAAUGGGAGCCAGAACUCUAGUUAUAGCCAAUCUUAAGGCAUUCCAAAGAAUUUCUUUAUGGACCACUUUGACUCAAGACAUCCUGGGAUAUGUCCUGUGUUCACGAAAUGGACAGAAGGUUUUAGGAACAUCUUUGACAAAGAACUCGAAGAAUAAAUAGCUUGUUUGUGUCAAGCAUUUUGAAAGCUUUUUCUCUAAAACUACAUCAUUUUCUCUGACGCUGGAGCAAAUGUGCUAAGAUUUUUCAGUGUAAGGAAUCAAACUUUAAACCAAGCUGCAAAAGAUUAACAUUUUUCACUCAAAAAGUUCAUUAUUGGUUUUAUUUGUGUUGAAGUGAACUAUUUUUAGAGCGACUGUAACCCGAGGCCUAAGUGUAACUGUAUUAAUGACUUGUGUUGUCUUAAUUUUGUUUGUGACUGAAGGAAGAUAGUGCACUCUAUGUUGAGUCUAUCCAUUACCUUCAGUUUUGUUGAUUAAAAAAAAAAAAAAAAACACAUUCUGCAACAAGUAACACACGGUCCUUCAGAAACAAAUGCCUAGAAGAGCCUGUAAAGAAUAUUGUUACAGUUUUAAUGAAAGCUGCAGGAAAGAAAGUCAGUUUCUAUUUUUGGGUUUAAAAAUUAACUGUACUCCUCAGUAGAUCUACUUGGUUGUUUUUGCCAGGAUACAUAGUAGCCCAGCUUACCAGAGAAGUGCAAUAUGUAUAGUGAUUUUGCAGUUUUCUGAAACAUUUCAAGUGUUAAGAAUUAAGACAACCCAAUAUACUAAGAUUUUUUUUUUUUUUCCAGAUAAAUGUACUGUAUGGUACAAUCGGAAUAUUUCACAAUCAAAUACAAAUCUGGAUAUUAUUGCUAUUUUUUAUGGUGAAUUUUUUUGUAGAAAAGAUACACGCUGUUAGUCUGCCUUCACUGUUAGUGUGAAUUUGUGUGGUUCAUUAGAGAGUUUAUUUAAGAGAUUCAAGUGUUUGGUGAACUUCAUACUGGCUAAUUUUAAUUGGGAUAUUAGGGGCAACUCUAGAAUAACUGAAAUGGGAUUCCUUGGUUAACUUUGUGCUGGAGAAAAUGAGAUUUCUUCAAACUGAAGGCCAUAUCCUGCAUUCCUUACUCAGGCAGAUAUUCCACUGAAGACAGGAAUUGGCCUUAAUUGAUUUAUUGAUUUUUGUUUUUUUUUAAUAUAAUUUUGGUUCUAAUUAAGUUCUGUAUAACUUUAUUUUGAAUGAUAAUGCCAACUUGCCCAAGUAUAAAAGUUGAAUGAUAAAGUUCAGUAACGUUCUUUUGUUGUUGUUGUUGGGUUUUGUUUUGUUUUCUUGAAACAACACAUUUCACUGCUCUGAAGUACUGGAGGGAGAUGGUUGAAAACGUGCUCUGUGAUGUGUCUUGGUUCAAAAAGGCAGCCCCUUAAAAAAACCCCCACCUGUUUUUGCAAAUACUUGUCUUUGUAAUUGGCUGGUGAUUCAGUGAAAUAUAACUGAAGUGGUUUUGUAUGUAGCCCAUUAGGCUACUACAAUUUAUUUCUGUUCAGGUUAUUUCCAUAAACCAUUAUGUGAACCAGGCCAAAACACUUUGGUGAGGUAGAAAAAAUAUACAUUUUGGUCUUUGCUACUUGGUUACCAUUUGAUCCAUACCUUUUAGAGACACUUGAUUGAUUAAGUGGAAUUUGGCUAUUUUGCUUUAAUUUCUUGAAGUCUAAAAUGUGCUAUUUGUAAUGUGGACUUGGGGAAUAGAAAUAAAUCAAAGCGACUUGACCUCUCUUGUGUGGAGUUCUUAAACAGGAACUAUUCUUUAGGUAAGCAUCAGUCUUCUCACAUACACCAUGUAAUCUGCCAAGAAAGUUCUUGUUUUGAAAUUAGGGAAUUAAUGAAGAAUUCUGGCUCGAGUGAUUUUUUUUCUUGCUGCUGAAGAGUUUUGCAGCCUUCACUUCACACCAAAAGCACAAUGGGACCUAAAUCUCUUGAGUUAAAAUGUCAGGCACUUCUUGAUGGUACCUAGAAGUUUCUUAAGGCAUUUCUCUACUGGGAAGAUGAGGCUAAUUUUACCAGCUUUGAUUCCAGCAAAAACAGUGAAGGGCAAUAACAUGCAGUCAAAAGAGCUGGAUUCAGUGAAGACAGUUUUAAAAAUAUGUAAUUUUGAUCAACAGGAAAUGGAACAUAAUGUGAAUUCAACAGUCUUGCUACUAACCAGGCAGAAAAAAAAUUAUGUUUCUUGUGCUUCGCUUCAAAUGAGAGGUGCAUAAAAAUGUGGUAUCUCAUUGAAAGAGAGGUAGCUGAAAGUCUUCAAAAAUUAUAU